AUGGAAUCCCCGAUGGGUGAACACGGCACCUUCAAGCCUGCACCGGCAGCACAAUCUCAGGACAAGCCGGGAUUGGAGAGCGUAAUGACACAGCCCAGUGAAUCGACCAAAUUGGAGGGUCUUCACGGCUUUUCUGAAUAUACAGGUUCCGGAAAACUGCAAGGCAAAAAUGCUCUAGUCACUGGGGGAGAUUCUGGAAUUGGAAGAGCAGUUGCUAUUCUGAUGGCAAGAGAGGGUGCAGAUGUUACGAUAGUGUAUCUGCCCUCGGAACAGCCAGAUGCAGAGACAACGAAAAAAUCCGUUGAGCAAGAGAAGCGGACAUGCCUCCUUAUUCCAGGUGAUUUGAGAGACCGCGAGUUCUGUCACCACGCAGUUCAUGAACAUGUGAAGAAAUACGGCACGGUCAAUAUACUUGUCAACAAUGCGUCCAAGCAGUACCUAUGUGCGGAAUUUGAGAAAACCGAUCUAGAUAAGACUGAAGACAUCUUCAAGACCAAUAUCAUCCAGAUGAUUGCGAUGGCGAAGUUUGCUCUUCCUCACAUGGCACGAGGUGAUUCGAUCAUCAAUACUUCUUCCGUUGUGACCUUCCGUGGCUCAGGGACCAUGAUUGAUUAUGCUUCAACGAAGGGGGCUAUCAUUGGUUUUACUAGGUCUUUAGCAACAUACUUGAUCCCCAAGGGUAUUCGGGUCAAUGCUGUCGCUCCAGGUGCAAUCUAUACACCAAUCCAAGUCGACACUCGAGAUGCCCAAGAGAUGGAAGGAUGGGGCCGAAAGGCUCGUCUUGGCCGACCAGGCGAGCCUAGUGAGGUUGCGACAAGCUUCGUCUUCUUGGCUAGUGCGGAAGCUUCUCUAUACUAUGGGCAGAUAUUGCACUGUUACCCGCUUGGUGACUAA